CGAAAAACCCUUUGUUGUCGUUUAUUUUUUUAGUUUGUGAAAUAUAAACUAUGUUUUGAUAUGCAUCCCUUGCAUUUAAAUAUUCAUUUUUUUAAUUUUUCACGUUUUUUUUAUUUAAAUUCACUUUUAAUUUUCAAAAAUAAAGGGACAUUGUUAAACUUUAAGGUGUAAAGUAGGUAUGUAUAUUCAUCCCGAUUUGUACCGAAACCGAUACCGAACCAUCCCGAACCAUACCGAACCGAUAUGUCGGGAUCGGGAUCGCAAGGCAGUGUAAAUGCAAAGCGCCUAGAAUCUUCCGGCCCUUCUCAAGCUAUAUAUAUUUUCCUCUUCCUCUCUUCAAUUCCUCCCACCGCAUUGUCUGAUCGUUCGUCUACUGGUUUCUUCCUCUUUCGUCUGUGCUUUGAGAUCGGGAUUCUGUAGUUGAAGCUAAUCGGCGAUGGGGAAAUCGUAUCCAACUGUGAGUGGAGAGUAUCAGAAAGCCGUGGAGAAAUGCAAGAAGAAGCUCAGAGGAUUGAUUGCCGAGAAACAGUGUGCUCCUCUCAUGCUUCGCCUAGCAUGGCAUUCAGCUGGAACAUAUGAUGUGAAAAGUAAAACCGGAGGUCCUUUUGGCACAAUGAAGCACCCCGAAGAGCUUAAACAUGGAGCCAACAAUGGCCUUGACAUUGCUGUCAGGCUGUUGGAACCACUUAAGGAGCAUUUCCCCAUCCUCUCGUAUGCUGACUUCUAUCAGUUGGCUGGAGUUGUAGCUGUUGAGAUUACUGGUGGCCCUGAAGUUCCUUUCCAUGCUGGGAGGCCGGAUAAGGCAACCCCUCCUCCUGAAGGUCGUUUGCCUGAUGCUACCAAAGGCUCCGAUCACCUUAGGACUGUCUUUGGAGUGCAAAUGGGGCUGAGUGACAAGGACAUUGUUGCUCUAUCUGGUGGCCACACACUGGGAAGGUGCCACAAGGAACGCUCUGGAUUUGAGGGUCCAUGGACUUCCAACCCUCUCAUAUUUGACAACUCAUACUUCAAGGAACUUCUUUCUGGGGAGAAGGAAGGUCUCCUCCAGCUUCCCACAGAUAAGGUUCUUCUGGAAGACCCCGUUUUCCGCCCCCUUGUGGAGAAAUAUGCUGCGGAUGAGGAUGCUUUCUUUGCCGACUAUGCUGAAGCCCAUUUGAAGCUCUCUGAGCUUGGGUUUGCGGAGUGUUAAGGUGUCUUGAAUGAAAAAAAGGCUAGGCUGGCUUUUGGGACUGGGAGGAGUUUAUGUCCCCAUUUAGUUCCAUUAUUAUUACCAAUUUGAAUAAUUUGUGUUUUUGUUACCAUUGAGCGAUUUGCUCUGCGAUACUCUCUCACUCCACACAAUGCAUUGCACUAUGCCCCUAUCAGUUUUAUACUCUCUUGGUUUUGGUGUGUAGUUUUUCUCGUCUUGGUGAUCCUCGUUUUCAUGAAUAUGUCAUUUGUUUAACUAAAUUUAGACCUUUUUC